GUAAUUUUGGCUUCACGACAGAGAAACCAAAAUUAAGGGAAAAGAUGGAUGUAGGUGGGAUCUUGGGUAACAGAGACUCAAAGCAAGGCAAAUUGAACAUACCCAGAAGACGAAAAUGGGUGAAGCGAAGGGAAACAUGGCUGGUUAUACUUGGUGUCAUCCUCCAUGCUGUUUACAUGUUAAGCAUCUUCGACAUCUACUUCAAGACUCCCAUUGUCCACGGCAUGGAUCUCGUCUCCCCUCGCUUUUCUGCUCCCGCUAAACGCCUUGUUCUUCUUGUUGCGGACGGUUUACGUGCUGAUAAGUUUUUUGAGCCGGAUUCAGAUGGGAAUUUUAGAGCACCCUUUCUAAGAAGUGUGAUUAAGAAUCAAGGUCGAUGGGGAGUAUCUCAUGCUCGGCCUCCAACUGAGUCAAGACCUGGACAUGUUGCUAUAAUUGCUGGCUUUUAUGAGGACCCUAGUGCUGUUACAAAAGGAUGGAAAGCUAAUCCUGUCGAGUUUGAUUCGGUUUUCAAUCGUAGUCGGCAUACAAUUUCUUACGGUAGCCCUGAUAUUGUUCCAAUAUUUUGUGGUGCUUUGCCGCAUAGCACUUGGGCUACAUAUCCUCACGAGUUCGAAGACUUCGCUACUGAUGCAUCCUUUUUAGACGAAUGGUCUUUUGAUCAAUUUCAAAACCUUCUGAAUAAGUCUAACGAAGACCCAAAGUUGAGAAGGUUACUUGAACAAGAUAAUCUUGUUGUAUUUCUGCAUCUACUUGGUUGUGAUUCAAAUGGUCAUGCACAUCGUCCCUUUUCAUCCAUUUACCUCAACAAUGUAAAGGUUGUUGAUCAUAUUGCUGAACGUGUUUAUAAUCUUCUUGAGAAUUACUACAAGGACAAUCGUACAUCUUAUAUCUUCACGGCUGAUCAUGGAAUGAGUGACAAAGGAAGUCAUGGGGAUGGGCAUCCUACAAACACGGAUACUCCUCUAGUUGUUUGGGGAGCAGGUGUAAAACAUCCCAGGCCAGUCUCUGAAAAAGAGCACUCUGAUCAUGUUCUUCGUUUUAUUGAUCAACAUGUGCAUGACGCACCAACACCUAAAGAAUGGGGCCUCGAUGGAAUUGAAAGAGUUGACGUCAAUCAAGCUGACAUUGCCCCCCUCAUGUCAACUCUUCUUGGUUUGCCUUGUCCAGUCAAUUCAGUCGGGAAUUUACCACUAGGUUAUGUUGACAUGAAAAAGGAAGAAGAAGUAGAAGCUGUGCUAGCUAACACAAAACAGAUUCUAAACCAGUUUCUGCGCAAAUCACAUAUCAAACAUUCACAUUCACUAUAUUUCACGCCUUUCAAGCCACUUGCGCAUUAUUCCUCCAUGUUGAAUCAUAUUGAGGAUUUGCUAAAUGCUAGAGACUAUAAAGUUGCCAUGCAGCUAUCAGAAAAUCUAAGAAGCUUGGCACUGCAGGGGCUUCAUUAUUUUCAAACUUAUGAUUUGCUGAUGCUGAUGACAGUAAUCACUCUUGGAUAUAUUGGUUGGAUGGUCUUUCUUGUUCUUCAUGUUCUUCAAGCUUAUACUUCAUUUUCCAGAGAUAUAUUUAUGGAGGAAGCGGUUCAUCAGAAAUUUAAUACAGGAAAACAGGCUCAGCUAUUUGGGUGCCUGUUUAUGGCAGUCGUCAGUCUUCUACUAUUUCUGGAGGGGACCCCUCCACUUUACCAUGCAUACUUCGCCAUGACGGUAUUUCUCUGGACGCAAAUACUUGAUGAAUAUAAGUUUAUAAAAGCACUUUGGAGACACUUAAGUGGGAAAAAACCGGACUUUGUCAUUAAACUUCUGGCCAUUGGUGCGGUCUCACUGAUCAUUCUUGAGCUCCUGGUGCAUAGCUUCACUGAGAGAAUACUCUACACUUGGUGCUUCCUUGUAGUUGGACUUAUAGCUUGUAUAUAUCUUUACAAGUUAAUUCCUUGGAGAUCCGGAAUUCCAGUUUUUAUUUGUCUCGCUUGUUGGUUCUUGUCUCUAUUUACUUUAAUGCCUGCAGAAAUUCCUGAUAAUAAUAAGUUGGUAAUUGCUAGUGGAGUGAUGAUUGUCGUAGUAGGAUUAACUGCAAAAUGGCUUGACCUGCAUGCUGCUGGGAAUAAAUGCUGGUACGGCAUCUGUAAUCAUGAAAAGAGGCAACCAGGUUUCCAAUGCACUUUCAGAUAUCAGGCUCUUUUGGUUGGGUUAUCAUUGGUGAUGGUGUUUUUAUCUACCUCUCACAGAACAAAGAAGCAAGAACUACACACAAUACACCAGCUGAUGAACUGGUUCAUUGCUGGUUUCUCGAUGGUUCUCCCAUUGUUUUCAGAAAAUGGCCUCUUGUCCAGACUCAAUUCUAUAUUUCUUGGUUUUGCACCACCAUUCCUUCUACUAUCUAUUGGAUACGAAGCUGUCUUCUAUGGUGCACUUGGUCUUGUACUAAUUGCAUGGGUUUUAUUUGAAAACUCACUUCUUUACUUGAGUAAAGUGAAAAAUUCUUCUGCUUCAGGGAAGAAUUUGGAAGCAAGUGUCUCACUUGAAAGCAAUGAUAGAUAUUUGCAGCUGUCUGAUAUGAGAAUUCCGUUAACCUUUAUGGUUUUAUUUAACGUGGCUUUCUUUGGCACUGGAAAUUUCGCAAGUAUUGCUAGUUUCGAGAUUUCAUCUGUCUACAGGUUCAUCACUGUUUUCAGUCCCUUUCUGAUGGCAGCACUCCUUAUCUUCAAGUUAUUCAUACCAUUCCUUCUUGUCAUAUGUGCAUUCAGUGCAAUAACCAAACUACUUAAAGUUCCACGGAUAGGGUGCUACUUCCUCGUUAUUCUGUGUUCAGACAUGAUGACCAUCCACUUCUUCUUCCUGGUGAAAAACACGGGGAGCUGGAUGGAGAUUGGUAAUAGCAUCAGCCAUUUCGGAAUCAUGAGUGCCCAAGUUGUGUUUGUGCUGCUACUUUUUGCUCUCACAAAUAUAUACACGAAAGACAUUGAAAUCAGAUCAGCUAGUCGAGAUCCUCGAAAAGUAAUGUGAUUGGUGAGAAACUAGAGCUCGUUGGAAUUAUAAAGAGCUAAUCAAAUUUAUUUGCAAGGUGAGAUCUUAGACUUUCAGACCAUUGAUGCAAGCCAUGGAUUUAAACUUUGUUUCUUGCAUUUCAAAAUUGAAGUUGAUAUGAGAAACAUUUUGACUCUUCCCAUUGAUGCAAGGUCAGCUUUGUAUUAACAGACAUGAGAAACAUAUAGAUUAAUGGGAUUUUCCACCUCUUCCCAUUCAUUGAUAUGAA